AUGUCUACCCCCCUCCGCAUUGUCAUGGCCUGCGACGAGGCCGGCGUCCCCUACAAAGAAGCCAUCAAAGCCACCCUCUCCACAAACCCUCUCGUCGCCGAGAUCAUUGACGUGGGCGUGAACUCCUCCUCUGACAAAACCGCCUACGCCCACCCAGCCGUCGAAGGUGCCACCCUGAUCCGAGAAGGCAAGGCAGACCGAGGCCUGUUCAUCUGUGGCACCGGACUUGGGGUCGCCAUUGCCGCGAACAAAGUCCCUGGAAUCCGGGCCGUGACUGCCCAUGACCCCUUCUCUGUGGAACGAUCGAUUCUCAGUAAUGAUGCUCAAGUUUUGUGUAUGGGUCAACGGGUCAUUGGGGUUGAGUUGGCGAAGAAGCUCGUUGCCGACUGGCUGAAUUACCGGUUUGACCCUAAGAGUGCUUCCGCGGCCAAGAUCCAGGCCAUCACCGAUUAUGAGAUUCAAUUCCGGAAUGUAUAA